AUGACUCUUAUAGGCAAUGCAGUCAUGCUUUUAGUUUCACACCUGGACAACAAGCUCCACACCCCAAUAUACUUCUUCCUCUGGAAACUUUCCUUUCUGGACAUCUGUUUCACUACCUGCAUUGUUCCUCAGAUUCUGGUAAACAUACGGAGAUGCAGUAAGAAAAUCAGCUACAUAGGCUGCAUGGUUCAGUGUUCUGUGGCCUUGGCUCCUGGCUCCACAGAAUGUGUGCUUCUUGCUGCCAUGGCUAUUGACCCCUGUGUUGCAGUCUGUUGGCCCAUUCUCUGUGCUACAAUCAUGCACCCAAAAAUCUGCCACCUUCUUGCAGCCAUGUCCUGGUUUUCAAGGUUUACCAACUCACUCCUUCAGUCUUCACUGGCCAUUGUUUUGCCUUUCUGUGGCUGCUGCCAUGUGGACCAUUUCCAUUGUGAGGUCCUUGUCAUUAUCAAGCUGUCCUCUGUAGACACUGUUCGAACUGAGUUGAAUAUGCUAAUUGCUCACCUGAUCAUUCUUGCCAUUCCAGUCUGCAUCAUCCUUACCUCUCAUGUCUGCAUAGCCAUGGCUGUGGUGAGGAUGCACUCUGUUGAAGGAUGA